AUAGUUGAACUUGUUGUCAUAAGGGUUGUUUUAGGAAGCAAAAUAUGACUUCUUACGGACAGUACAACCGUCAGGACUAUAGUUAUAAUGAUAAAUAUUUUAAAGGACAAAACAAUAAUACUAUGGAGAAAGAAAAUGAAAACAACGAAUGCUCUCGAAAAACGAAUCCUUUAGUUUAUAUUUCUACUAGGAUAUCAGGUUUUCUUGAGACGUUCUUCUAUAGAUUUGGGAUAUAUAUUGGGACAUAUCCUCUCUUCUUCAUCCUUUUCUCUAUUGUUCUAUCCGUAAUUUGUAUUGGAGGAUUAACGAAAUUUAGGGAAGAAGUUGAAAAUAUCUGGGUACCUAGUGACUCUAUUGUAAGAAGGCUUUUUCUUCCAUUUUAAACUUUUCGCACCUAUUAUCUCGUAUCUGAUUCAUUUAAAUAGGCUGUAAAGAAUAAAGCUCAAGCCAGAUCUUGGUUUCCUUCCGGAUCAAGAGAUAGAAUUCAAUUUAACAUAUUCGAAUCCGACAAUGUUCUGAAACCCUCGGUCCUAUUAGAAAUUUAUGAUUUCGAAGAAAGAGUGAAAUCGAUUUCUGGCACAGAAAGAGGAAAUUUCGACUGGAAUAGCGUAUGUAAGCGAGUUAAUGGAAAUUGUGCAAUAACCAGUCUUAAUGAAUUAUGGGAAUUUAAUCGAACCGUAAUAGCUGAGUUAACUAAUGAAAAUAUUUUAGAGAUUAUCAAUAAGAAAGUAUUGAUAAGUCCUUAUCAGAAAAGAGAAAUAAAAUUAUCUAGAAUUCUGGGUGGUAUAAUUAGAAAUAAGACAACUGGUGAAAUUACUUCAGCAACAGCUGCAAAAACAUCCUAUACGUUAAAUUUUACGGAAACUGACGUUCAGAAUGGACGCAAGAUUGAUGAAAAUGCUCUUGCGUGGGAAGAGAAAUUUAUAGAUUUAUCCAAAGAUUACAGUUCCAAGAAUUUAACACUAUUCUAUUACAGUAUGAGAACGUAAACUUCUUUUCUAUAUGUUAUUUUUGUCGCUAAUCACCUCCUCUUUUUUCAUUAGAUUUUUAGAUGAAGGAAGUGGUACUAUUCUAAAGGAUUUAGGUAUACUAGCCGGAGGAUAUAUAUUGCUCAUUGCUUUUGUCAUAUUUGUUCUUGGAAAGAGAAAUUGCGUUCAACAUAGGGUUUGGUUAAGUGUAGUGGGAAUCAUUACCAUAGGAUUAUCAAUUCUAUGGAGUUUUGGUCUUUGUUCUUAUGGCGAUUGGUAUUUUACAGGCCUACAUAAUGUUUUACCUUUUCUAUUUCUGGGUAUUGGGGUUGAUGAUAUAUUUAUAAUCGUUCAAGCAUUAGAUAACUUAAAGGGAGAUCAAUUACGUUUACCGUUACAUGAAAAAAUUGGUUUGGCGUUAAAACACGCAGGUGUAUCUAUAACAAUUACUUCGCUGACGGACGUUCUUGCCUUUGCAGUUGGAUCGUCAACAAUUCUGCCAGCCCUGAGAUCUUUUUGUGUUUUCGCUGCUGUUGGUAUUUUAGGACUUUUUAUUUUUCAACUUAUAUUUUUUACUCCGUUUAUGGCGUUGGACGAAGCGAGAAGGAGUGGUAUGCCCAUUUGUAGAUCAUUAUGGAAUAGUCAAGCGGAAGUUACUCACCUAAAGCGCGAAAAUGUUCACAGGAAGAACGCUUGCAUUCCAAUGCAUAUCCAUAGCCAUUGGAGACCAAUGGAUUGCUCAAAUAAGAAUUUCAUUCAUGCAUUUUUCGAAAAUUACUACUCAAGAUUUAUUACCUUCUUGCCUGCUCAACUAAAUAUUGUCAUAAUGGCUGUUGGUUGUUUAGCGGUUAUGGCGUACGGAACAACAAGCUUAAAGCAAGAUUUUGAUCCGAGAUGGUUCUUUCCAUCAGAUUCUUACGCUACAGAAUAUAUUAAGGCUGAUGAAAGACAUUUUGGCGGAAGUUCUCAACAACCUGCCGCAUUGUAUGUAGGAGAUAUAAACUUUCACACUCAUUUAACAUCUCUAGAAGGUAUAUGCGAUAAAGUAUCUAAUCACUAUUGGGUAAAAGAAGGAACAUUAGAUUGUUGGGCUCGUAGCUUUCGUUCUUUUUUAAACAGCUCUAGCGACGCCGCAAUAAAAGCUAAAUUAGAUAAUGAAAAUCUACCUAAAACCGAAAGUGACUUUAUAUUUUUGAUAGCAAAUUUUAUAAAAGACCAACCUGAAAAUUCUUUCAAUUUGGUAUUUAACGGUGAUAAUUUAACAGCUACAAAGAUUCCAUAUCAAAACACUUGGCUAGAUACAAGUAGUAAAAGAAUAGAUGCUCUAGCAGAUUUAAGGUCUAUUGCUGCGGCUAAUAAUAUUCCACCCGAGCUCUCCUUUCCGUUUGCUGAAGGCUAUACAAAUAUCGAUACCGAUAAGGUUAUUAAAGAUGAAUUAUUACGGAAUAUAGGGUUAGCUUUUCUAGCGGUAUACUUGAUAACGUUGUUUUUAUUGGCUAACUUUACGACUUCGCUGUUUGUUUCAUGCUGCGUAAUUAUGACGUUGGUUGAUUUAGCUGGAAUGAUGUAUUUCUGGGAUUUAACUAUUGAUACAGUAACAACAAUUCAAUUAAUAAUAUCAAUAGGGCUAUCGGUAGAUUAUGCUGUUCAUAUUGCCCAUACUUUUCUCAUCUCUAAAGGAACGCGAAAAGAACGAGUGCGAAAAACAAUAAGUACAAUUGGAGCGGCAGUCUUCUAUGGAGGCUUUAGCACUUUUCUCGCUUUUAUCCUAUUAGCGGCGUCAAAAUCUUAUGUAUUUAAAACGUUUUUUAAGGUCUUUCUAGGUGUUGUUAUCUUUGGACUCUUUCACGGUUUAUGCCUACUACCAAUUGUACUUUGUUGGAUUGGUCCAGAACCGUAUGAGCAUAAAGAUAUAUCUACAAAUACUCAAAAGCCAGUAAAGAAAAUAGAUAGACGAUUGAACGGUCAUUCAAGAAAUCCGUCUGACUACUAUUACGCAGGACGUCUACCAAGGAGUACCUCUCAAUUUAAAAAUCAAUUGGAAGUUCAAGGUUAUACGAAUCAUAUUUAAUAAUUUACUGAUCUAAACAUAACUGAAAUAUAAUUUACAUCUAAUUAACAUAAAUAGUUGUUUUUUUUUGUAUUUUGAAAAUGAAUGAUUAACAU